AUGUUUGGUCAGUCUGUACUCUGUAGUGAUUACACUGAUCGCGGAACAACUGUUGUGCUGUGCUUUCGAUUUGUAUUAGCGUCUUAUAAUUUAUUUAUUACUGCACAUAAAAUGAGCAAAGAAUCAAAGAAUAACAUUUUGAAAUACUUCAGCUCUACUGCCUCAACAUCUCCGCAAGCUAUUAAAAAACUAAAACUUGACGACAACGUUAUUCAAAAUAAUGAAAUUUCCUUACCGUCGACAUCAUCCCAAAUUCCGGCUUCAGAUUUAUUGGAUAAUACAAAAAAUUUAGUUUCUACUUUUGAAGCAUUAAAAGAUAUUUCAACGAAACGAAAAUUGAAUAUAAAUUUAUAG